AUGGUGAGAGUUGCGGGUGUACGCAGAAUGGAUGAACGGUGCGUGAGAUGGGGCUUGUUGGACGGUAGGGGGUGGGAGGGGCAGGAUGGGCAGGAUGGAUGGUUGGGUGUUGAGAGUGGGCCGGCGAGGAAGAUGGGAUUGAUUCGAUUUCGGGAUGGUGAUGGAAUGUGCAGAGACCAGCGUGGAGGUGCUGCCAAGGCUGUUCAAGAUCAAGUUCGACAGCGGCAUCCAAGAGGAGCUGUUGUUCGUGGAUAUGCCGCACGAGUGUCGGCUAGCGUCUGGGCAGACGGUGCUGGAGUACGGAAAAGCCAUUCAAGAGAGCGUGUUCGAGCAGCUGCGAGUCGUCCGAGAAGGGCAGCUGCGCAUCGUGUUCUCAGCAGAAUUGAAGAUAUUGUCCUGGGAAUUCUGUGCCCGGAGUCACGAGGAACUGCUUCCGAGAAGGCUCAUCAUACCUCAAGUGACCAGCUGGUGCAGAUAUCGCAAAAGCAUCAGAACUCGCAGAGCGGCGGAGCAGGAGCGUCAGGUCAAGACCUGCAAACCAACUGUCAUAUGUUUGUGGCAAGUGCACGGCAGCUGGCGAAGAAUUUGGAAAUGCCAAACGUGAAUGAGCUUGGGUACACGAAGCGCUACGUUCGGUGUCUGCAGAUUUCGGAGGUGGUGAACAGCAUGAAAGACCUGAUAGAUUACAGUCGCGACAACAGCUUCGGGCCCAUCGCGAGUUUACACAAGUUCCCUCGACGAAGUGACGGGAGCAGUCGAAGCAUGCUUCGGAAUGCGCAACUAAGAUUACUGCAGGAACAACAGCAGCGGCAAGAGCAGGUGCAACAGAGACAGCAAGAACUGCAACAGCAGCAACAGUUGAGACAGACGGAUCAGCAGCAGCAGCAGCAGCAGCAGCAGAGACAAGCGGCGUCACAGCAGCAAGAGGAUCUGGACCUGCAGAGCCUUCUAGCAGAGACGAACACGACAGCCCUGAGCAGCUUACAACAGCAGUUCGAGGAGGCGAAUCAACUGGAGAGCCGGGCGGGGGACGGGUUAGAGGAAGUGAUUUCAGCGCCGGCGGAGACGGACAGUCUGAGCGCGUUCUUCCCGUCGAACCCGCUAGCGGCGCUGCAGACAUCUCUGCACGACACACUGCAAUCGGCGGCAAACGGAGGAAGCGUGCAGAACAUGGUGCAGAGCCCGCUGGGAAGCAGCAGCUUACAUGCGCAGCAGCAGCAGCAGCAGGUGUCGGGGGGUAGAGGAGGAGCGGGUGCGGUGACGCUGCAGGCGUCUCCGACGAACUCACUGUCGUCAUUUCAGAAUUCAUUUCCGUCGCUGUCGGGCGGGGGAGCGAGCUCGUACUCACGAGGCGAGGCUUCAUCGCAGCAGAAAGUAGGAGGAGGGGGCGGUGGCGGGGCACUGCUGCAGCAACAGAAAGCGCAGGGCAGCCAUCACGGGGGGCCGUCGAAUGUAGUGCACAACCUGCUGCAAGAGAUGAUGUUGAACCAGCAGCUGAGCAACAACGGGAACAGCAUGAACCAGCAAGGGGGUGGACAUGUUGGUGUGGGCGGUGGGGUAGGAAGCCUGGGGAACGGGCUGAACGGGAACCUGACGGGAUCUCUGGCAGGAAGCUUGGGGCUGAACGGGUUGGGGCAGGGGCGGAUGCUGGGACUGGGAGGCGGCAUGAACAGCGUGCACAGCAUAGGCGGAUUAGUGAACAACAACCACGUAGGGGUGACUCACAGCAGCAGCAGCAUAGACAGUCUGAUGGGAAACAGCGCAAGUAGCGUAGGUAUUGGCGGGGUGGGGAGCAACGUGGCCUUUCUGCUCUGGGGAACCACAACCUGCGAGGGAUGGGCGGCGUUGUAGGAGGGAAUGGAUUGAACGGUCUGAGCGGGUUGAUGGGCAACAUGAGCGCGCACAACGCGAGGUUGAAUUUGGCUGCUGCUGUUGCGCAGCAGCAGCAGCAGCAGCAACAGCAAAAUCAGCUGCAGGAGGUGGGCCAUCAGUCGAUGCAUCACGAUGUGGGCGGGAAUAACAUGCUCGGAGGGCUGGGCAUGACUGGCUCGUUCGGAGGGCUGUUCAACUAGAGAAAGCAGCGUUGUGGUGAUAGUUUAAGGAGUGGACGCAUAAUUUAUGAUGAGGAGUUGGCUUUUCUUCAUUAUUGUAUCUUCAUUUGUCUGGGUCCGAUUCGACCAUGGUUUUUAAUUACCUCGUUUGUUUAUGGAGCCGUCAAUUUUUAAUUUCGUGUAUAUA